AUGGCGGGCGGACCGUCUUUGGCUUCCUCGGGAGCAAUUCUAGUCCUGGCCAUCUUUGCGGCCUUCUUUUAUACCGCCGAGCUACCGCGCGCCAAGGUUGUGCUUGGCUUCGGACGCAAGCAAGGCAGCACCGUCGUCGCAAACGCCAACGACUUCCACACCAUUCCCGACACCGUCCACUGCGAGGAUCUUCACUACCACGAGCCCAGCCGUCUCAUCUUUACUGCCUGCGAAGGCGUCGAGGCCACCCGAUAUGCCUGGUUUCCCGCCCUGGGCCACUUCGACGACCCCAACGUGGGCCUCAAGGCCCAGGGCAGCAUCGAGGUCAUUGAUCCCAAUACGAUGAAGGCAAAGAAGCUCAAGUUCACCAAUUUCAACGGGCCGUUUGUGACGCAUGGCAUUGACGUCAUCGACGAUCCAGACAAGCCCAAGGGCAAGGCCGUCUACCUCUUCGCCGUCAACCAUCUGCCGAAUCCCGCCUUCGCCGAAGACGCCAGCGAACCCAAGGCGCGCUCCAUCAUCGAAGUCUUCUACUACGACAUUGGCAGCGAUUCCGUCGAGCACGUCCGCUCCGUGUGGCACCCGCUCAUCACCACGCCCAAUGACAUUGUCGCCGUGUCGCCAACCUCGUUUUUCGUCACAAACGACCACUUCUACCGAGACGGCAUCAAGCGCGAGAUCGAGACGCUCUACUUUGGCGCCAAGUGGUCCAACACAAUCUACGUCGAGUUCACCGAGCUUACCGACGGCUCCUUCCGCGACAGCGACGUCGAAGUCAAGGCCUCGGUCGCGCUCGACGGCGUCCACAACAACAACGGCCUGGGCCACGGCCGGACGCCGUCCGAGGUUCUGGUCGUCAGCUGCGCCAGCGGCAGGCUGCACAUUGCCGACGUCGUCUCACCCAAGAGCGACGGGGAAUCGCCCAAGAUUGCCAUCCGGCAGUCUGUCGCGUUUGAUUCCACCCUGGACAAUCCCAGCUGGUUCCGUGACCCGUAUGCCAACUCGACGUACGAUGCGAGCGGUCUUGUUGUCGCUGGUCUGCCGAGAGCCGUCGACCUGGCGAAGAACCAACACAAUCCUCGGGGCACAGACGGCGCUAUUGUGUGGAAGGCUACGCCUUCUCGUGACAAGACGGCCGGCAACGAGGAGAUGUGGGUGAACCGGCUUUUGUUCGAGGACGACUCGACGCACAUCCGGACGGCGAGCGCUGCCGUUCUCGUUGCGAUUGAUCCGGCGAAAGAGAAGGGAGAGCGCAAGGCUUGGUUAUUUGUGACGGGCUUCAUUUCAACAAACGUGGUCGCGGCCAAGGUGGCCUUGUGA